CAUUAACCCCCUUCCUCAGGAGUCUCUCACCAGUCAGACCAUAAGCCUCAUGAUGGUACCUCGGGUCAGCGGUCAGCCUCAGAGGUUACUGUCACACACUUCACCUCCAUCCACCAUGGGCCUGUACCUGCUCCUCCAUCUCCUCAUCUUAGGUAUUGUGGAGUCCCAAACAUCCAACAUUACACUUGGGAUGAGCAACGUAGAGGAGAAACUAAGGUUUCAGCUCAGCAACCAAACAUCCAUGGACAACAGUACAAUGAGCAGAGUCAAUGGAACUUUCAGUUACGAUGAGUUGACUAAAAUUGAGGAGGAACUGAACACACAAAGUAACCAAACUGUUAUCACAGAGGAUGAUGAAAAUUUUCAGUCAUGGGAAAAUGAGCAGCGACCCGGUCACUGCCAAGAGAAACUACUGCUUGCAGGCAUACAUGCGUACUGUGCUUCUCCCUUUCAUGAGGAGAUGUUGACUUUAAACUGGUGUGUCCUGGAAGAUGUCAUCAGACCGUACAACGACAUGACAAUAUGCGUGGAAAACUGGAGUUAUUUAUGUCAUUGCUUUUUCCCAAACCAAACAUCCAAGAGUUCUUCCUCGAAGUCCACUCUUACUAUUUCCAAAACUGUCCCAAAGAAGAGUUUGAACUGGAGGACGCUCCUCAGUGGCUGGUCGUCACCCUCACCAUCGUCCCCGUCAGCCUCAUCCAGCCCUGGUUAUCUGGUGGUUCAAAAAAGUAAAGAGCAGGAGUGA